UUUUUUUUCGUUAUUAUAUUUUAAUAUUUAUAAUUUGUUUUUGUAUAGAAUUUCAAUUUUAAAUUUUGUGUGAAGUAAUCAUCAAAAAUCUUCAUUCGACAACAUUUCUAUUUCAAUUGACCACCGUUUGUGACCUGUUGAACAGUUUUUUGUUUGUUUGUUUGUAUUGAAACAACAUAAUCAAUUAACCAAACAAAGAAGAAUAUGGAAAUUGACGAUAACCAUCCACGUGUUUGUUCAUUUAUGGGCGCUUCAGUUAUGGAUCUCAUUUCAUAUGUUGAUCGAUUUCCUGAACCGGGUGAAACAAUGGUUGGAAAUAAUUUUCGUAAAGGAUUUGGUGGUAAAGCAGCAAAUGCCUGUAUAAUGGCUGCACGUUUAGGUUUGGAAUGUCGUAUGUUAGCCAAAAUUGGAAACGAUACAUUUGGCGAUGAAAUGAUUGAAAAUUUUCAACAACAUAAUAUUUCAACAGAAUUUGUACUAAAAUGUCCAGAUGUAAUGACCGGUACAGCCGCUAUUAUUGUAACACGUAAAGGAGAUAAUAAUAUUGUCUAUGUACCUGGUGCAACAAAUUCACUAACACCGGAAGAGAUAAAUAAAUUGAGUGAUUCAUUAUUUAAAGAUUGUCGAUUAUUUGUAAGCACUUUUGAAUGUACACCUGAAUCACUACAUGCCGCAUUAUUAUUGGCUCGAAAACAUAAAGUUCCCACAUUGAUAAAUGGUGCACCACCAUUUCCGAAACCAAUGGAAAAUAGUCAUAUUUAUCCAUUAUGUGAUAUAUUAUGUGUAAAUGAAUCGGAAGCCAAAUUAAUGACAAAAUUACGUGUUGAUACUAUUGAUGAUUGUCGUAUUGCAUGUAAAAUGAUAUUGGAUAAAGGUUGUGGUUCGGUCAUAUUAACAAUGGGCGCUAAUGGUGCUCUUUAUGUUAAUCGACAUCAAGCAUUACAUAUACCAGUACCGAAUAAGAUUCAACCACUUGAUACGACCGGCGCUGGUGAUUCAUUCAUGGGUUCCUUAGCAUUCUAUUUGGUUCAUUUCCCUAAUCUAACCAUUGAAGAGACAAUUAAACGAUGUAAUAUAAUAGCAUCAACGGCUGUAACAAGGCCAGGUACACAGGAUAGCUAUCCACAUCGUAAUGAACUGCCAGAAGAAUUAUUUCUUUGAGAUAAUUCAAACAAAAAAAAACAAAUAUAUUCUAUUCUUUAUAUUAUAUUUUGUCACUAUUUCUUUUAUUGUUUGCUUUGAUCAUCAAAAUCAAUUUUCACACACACACACACACACACAAAAAAAAACUCAAAAUAAAUUUUCUAUAAAGA